CCCUUCUUAUAUCGCCGCGGGCAGCGGGCGGCGAGGUCGGAGACAUGGCCGCCGUGCUGGUGUUCCUGUUGGGGCUGGCGCUGCUGGGCGCGCGGGGCGGCUCCGGGGCCGAGAGCCGGAUCUGGACUGCUGUCAGUGACGCCGGUGCCAAAGUCCGUCUCACCUGUGCCAUGAACGACAGUGCUGUGGACAUCACCGGCCACCGCUGGAUGAAGGGGGACAAGUUGCUGAGAGAGGACUUGCUGCCAGACCUGAGGACGGAGUACGAGGUGGACCACGCCGAGCGCGCCGGCGAGUACUCCUGCAUCUACCUGCCGGAGCACGCGGGCAGGGCCAGCAUCCAGGUGCCCGGGCCCCCCAAGGUUAAGGCUGUGAAGUCGUCCGAGAAUGCCGACGAGGGGGACCGGGUGGUGCUGGCCUGCAAGUCGGACUCCUUCCCCCCGGUUCUCAUCUGGAAGUGGCACCGGACCAACGAGUCGGGAGAGCAGGUGAUCACCAACUCCUCCCGGGGCGACAAGUACUUCGUGGUCUCCUCUGACCACAAGUCAGAGCUCCACAUCCUGGACCUGGACGUGGACGCCGACGCCGGCAAGUACCACUGCAGCGCGAGCAACGCGCAGGGCGACGGCCAGGACGUCAUCACCCUGCGGGUGCGCAGGCACCUGGCGGCCCUCUGGCCCUUCCUGGGCAUCGUGGCCGAGGUGCUCGUGCUGGUCACCAUCAUCUUCAUCUACGAGAAGCGCCGGAAGCCCGAUGAGGUCCUGGACGGUGUCCUGCAGGACGACGACACGGGUUCCGCGCCUCUGAAGAGCAGCGGGCACCACAUGAACGACAAAGACAAGAGCGUCCGCCAGCGGAACGCCACCUGAGCGGGUGUGGCAGGAGGAGUCUGCGCCCCAGGAGCCCAGUGUCCCCACUCCGCGGGGCUCCCAGCCCCUCCUCAUAAAGGAAGCCACCAGGCCGAGCAGACGGCGUUGUGGAUUCAGAUCACAUGUUUUCUGUCCUCUAAAAAAGCCAGGCGAGGGUUUCUCUACACACGGGAGCCUGUGCCGCAGCGGGCGAGUUUCUCCUCCUAAGCGUGUCUCGAGCUCCAGGGGAGGGUCUCGGCCCUCCCGGCCUCUCCCGGGCUUCCAUUCUCCGCACACUGCCCCUGCCCGUCCCCCAACCGCCCCAGCCGCCUGUCUCCUCAGUGCCCCCCUCGCCGUCCCUGGCAUUUAGCCCCCAAGUCCACUUGUCCUGUCCGUCAAGUGUGGCUGCCACUCGGCGUCAGAGUGGCGGGGCGGCCGGCCUGCGCCCCGGCGCCCUCCCUGACGGUCCCGCCCCUUGGCCGUCACAGGCCGAGCAUGUCCCACCUUCUGAAGCCAGUGCUGUUGGGAAACGUCAGGUCUGUGUUGCAGCUUGAGGCACACUAGCUACAGAGGGCGGCCCCCUCAGCGCCCCCUGACCACAUGCCUGGGGUCUGGGCAACUGCAGGAGCCCCCUUUGCAGCGAGGCCUGCUUCUGCUGCUCCCUCUCCACAGCUCCCUUCCCCUCCCCCAAUAAAGAGUGGCCACCUCAGUCUCCA